ACUGUGUGCUUUGGAUUUUGGCCCCCUGUUUGAUUGACUUUGACCCCCUUGAAAUAAAGGCUUUGAAGAAGUUACAUCUUCAUUUAAAGUCACACUUUUCAUCUUUUGAUAUAUUUUUUUAUAACAGCCAAAAUCAGGAAAGCUGUCAUUUUCUAGGGCAUAGUUUCUGCACAAGUUCAUCAGAAAUUCAGAAACUCAUCAGAAACUCUGAGUUAGCAGGUACAAAGACCUUCAUGGAUCUACCUUUGUUAUAUCACAAGUACAAUCUUUUCCUUUUUUUUUUUUUUUUAAUUUGCUCCUGAUUCACAGCAAAUGGAAUAAAGAAAUAUCCAUAAAUCUAAUUCUAAGCUUUCAUAUUUGUCCUCCAUCAUCAGGAAAAUGCUACAAGAAGCCCAAUCUCCAUUGGAGUGGAUCCUUAAACAUUUGAUGUGAUUUGGUUCUCUGAUUGGAAAGCAGCUUCUCCCUGACAUUAAUGAAAGGGUCUUUUUCAUUUCAGCUCGCUGAAGUUUUCCUUUUUCUUCUGCAGAAAAUCUAAACCUUUUGGCUGCAGAGUGUGCAGGAAAAGAGGAGUGGAAACAGCAACAGAUGCCGCCCAACAUUCCUCCUCUGACUCUGCCUCAGCUUGUGGACAUGCAUCUGUGUGCAGUGAAGAGGUGUGUCACUGUGUCAGGAGGGCGGAGCAUGGCUGCUGUGUGGAAUAUUCAUGGAGGAGAAGGGGAGGAGUCUGAGCGGAGGAGGAGAGUCCAGUGGAAAAAGGAGGGCUGGAGAGAAAGCUUGCUAUAAGCCUGAUUACAGGGUUUUCUGCCUGGUGAGGCUUUCACAGCGCUUAUCUGGUAAUAUCUGGUGCUUCCCUCUCUACUGGUCUGACCCCGGGAACUUGAAGGGAAGAGAACAGAAAAGAGGACUGAGUUCCUAUGCGAGAAAGAGAAGUGAGUUUAUAAACAGAGGAAGGAACAACCGUUCAGGAGAGGUAGAAAGAGUCUGAUUAACAGUCAGUAUCCCAGAGAUCAUGGCAGCCAUGGAACCACUGGAAUCUGCAAGUGCUCUGCUGGAGCCUCAAACCCUCACAGAAAUCUCAGACGAUGAGGUCAACCUGCCACCCUCUGAUGAUGAAGACAAUGCUCUGGCAGCAGCCAAGAAAGACCCACCGACCACGAGCUCAGAUGGAGAAACCCAAGAAGCCAAAGAUGAGGCCCUGAAGGUGGACCAGCAAGUGAACGGGGUCAUGGUUCUCUCUCUGCUUGACAAGAUCAUUGGAGCGGUGGACCAGAUCCAGCAGACCCAGAGCGGUCUGGAGAGCCGCCAGCAGGAUAUGGAACGCUCGGUCACCAGCAUUCAAGGCGAGCUGACCAAGCUGUCCAAGAGCCACAGCACCACAUCCAACAGCGUCAACAAGAUGAUGGAGAAGGUGCGCAAGGUGAGCGUCAACGUCAAGACGGUGCGGGCCACCCUGGAGAAGCAGGGAGGCCAAAUCAAGAAGCUGGAGACCAACGAGGCAGAGCUGCUGAAGAGACGCAACUUCAAAGUCAUGAUCUACCAGGAUGAAACGAAGCUUCCUUCUAAACUUAGCAUUUCCAAAUCCAUGAGGACCUCAGAGUCUGUCACAGGCAGCAGAGGAGGCAGCAUGCUGGAGCUCAAGGAGGCCACGGAGGAGCCUGGAGAGGAAGCAGGAGAAGGCGAGAAGGAAGACAAACCCCACGUGGAUCUGUCAUCAGAUGAGGAGGGUUUGGAGAUCGAAGAGGUCAUCGAGGAGUCCCGUGCUGAGCGCAUCAAGCGCAGCAGUCUGCAGCGAGUGCAAAACCUCAAAACCGUUUUCUCCAGGGAGAAAAUGGAUCGAACCCGAGCAAAGACCAAAGAGAACCUGGAGAAGACCAGACAAAAAACCAAGGAGAACAUUGAGAAAACAAAGCAGAAGACAAAAGAGAACCUGGAGAAGACCAGGCAAAAGACCAAAGAGAACAUUGAGAAAACAAAGCAGAAGACGAAGGAGAACCUGGAGAAGACGCGUCAUAACAUCGAGAAGAAGAUGGGGAAACUCGGCACUCGCAUGAGCGUCAAUCCAGAGCGCAAACAGAAGAUGAAGACAUCCAGCGAGAAGAUGAAGAAGGCCUUCACACCAGACCACGUGGUCUACGCCCGCUCUAAGACAGCCGUCUACAAAGUGCCCCCUUUCACCUUCCACGUGAAGAAGAUCCGCGAAGGGGCCGUCGAGGUCGUCCAUGGAACAGAGAUGGUGGAGGUGUCGAGGGAGGCAGAACCCCUGGAUGAAAUAGAAGGGGAGGUCGAUGACGUGGAGGUGGAGGUAGAGAUGGAGAUAGCAAACGGAGGAGGUGCAGAUGAAGAUGAGCUGGAGGAGGAGGAGGACGAGGACGCCCUGCAGGAUCACGACGACAAAGAAAGAGACAGCGAAUAAAUGUCAAGUAAACCAUUUGUUUACCAAGCCUGAGGUUGUAAAAACUAAAACAAAUGAGAGAAUAAAAACUAUUAUUCAAAAAUAAUGGAGGCUUGAUACAAUUUGAGCCUUUUUAUUCUAUAUUUUGGCCUCACAAAAUAACCUUGUCCUCACUAAAGAAUUUACUGAAACUUUCCACAAAACGGAAUUAUUAGGUGAACAUGUCAGAGUGAGCCUUCAGAACGAUAGCACAGGGGAAUCUUGAUAGUAAAGUCAUAUAAAAGACGCAGAUCAAACUGUGAGGCUGUCUUUAAAUCACCUUGAUGGCGAGUUUGAAAAACCGACCAAACAUCCAAAAAAGAGACGAGUUUUUGCAGAAAAAUCUUUGUCACCAGCAGCAGGGAGCAAUGCUUACAGGUGCUUUCUAACCAUUAGAAACAUUGCAUUAUUAUAAAAAGAAAGAAAAAAACUGUAAAUCAUUGUAUUUUAUUAUGUUCACAAAUGAAAACUAAUUCAUGUUACUUUUUUGGGGGGGAAAUAUUUUUAUAUAUUAUUUUAGGUUUCCCACCUGGAAAAAACAAAAAAAAAUCAAUCUAUUUAACAUAUUGAUUAUUAGUUAUCAAUUAUUUCUCCUUAACAAAAGACUUUGAUCAGAAAAACUGCUAAAUUUAUCAGAUGAGGAGUUAAUAGCAGAUCAGUUUAGUCAUAUUCUUCUGUUUUGAGGUGAAAAUAUAACAAUGUGGUUUAACACUAGAGCUCCAGUGUUUAUGUUCUUUGAUUUAAAAGUCAUUUUUCAGCUGUUGACACAAUCAUUCCAGUAGAUUUUGAAGGAGAAAAGCGGCGAGCCGCUUUUCUCCUUCAAAAUCUACUGGAAUGAUUGUGUUAAUGGUUAAAAAGUUACAGUAUGCUAAAGGCUCAAAGGCCUCCGCCUGAACCUAAACUGAGAGUCAGCCUCUCACCGUUAGACUAACGACAAAAUAAAACCCACCAAACACGGAACAAUGGAACGCUUGGCUCUGCUUCAUCUCUGCACACUCUAUAAGCUACUGUCAGAAUAACAGUUUGAAUCACUCUGACAUGUUUAAGCGCCUCUGCCAAACGGCGUUUGGGCUGCAGCUCUUUGGUGGCAUGAAAACAUACCUGAACCUUUUAUUAUCACAUAUCAUGCUCACACAUCUUUUCUUUGCUCUUCAAGCAUUUAAAGUCAUGUUUAUUUUUAUGUUUUGCUACUCUAUUCACCCAGUUUAGAGGCACAGAGACAAUAAUGCUUAUUGAUGUGUUUUUACUCGGCUGUUGUCUUCCUUUGUGGCUUGUCUCUUUGGCAUGUGCUUUUAUAGAAUCCAAUACUGUUUAUGUGAAAAAAAACAACAAACAAAUAUACAUUUUUACUGUUACUGAAUGACUUUUUUUGUUUACAUUUGUUUGAUUCUUUUCUUGACUAGUGUUAAGUCCGGCCCGCUCGCCCUGAGCUCUGAGCAUGCGCAGUGUGUAAUCAUGAGCAGCUCAGCUUUGGUGUUCCCACACUGCCCUCUGCUGACCAAAACACACCAAGCAGCAGGAAUUAUCCUGAAAACUGCUUCAUCCUGGCUCUUCUUCACAUUUCAUAUGAGUGACUACUUAUUAAUCUGACAGGAUCAAAUAUAAAAAUGCAUACUUUUACUAGUCAAAGUUUUGGAGCCAAAAUAAAUAUAAAAAAUUCACAAAAGUUUAAAUUAAUUUGACAAAUAUAAAAGCAGGCUCAAAAACAGAGACGCGGCUCAGAAAAUACACCUGUUUUUGUCUGGUAUCCUGGCAACGUGAUGACAGGAUGCAGGUGACACGGGUGAACUCUGAGCAGACAGCAUGGAAAGAAACAAGAGCUGCAGCUCAGCAUCAGGAGUCUGAGGAACAGCUUUGUUUCUAGAGAAGCCCAAUAACACGGAUCCUCUUUUAUGAGAAGGGCCAGAGCGAACAGAAACUCCAGGAAAAAGAGCCUGAGAACUCCAGGAGAUCACAUUUGGAAAACUGUUUUCUUUGAGCUGAUGCUUUCAUAUAAUGUGAAUCUGUGCCUGAUCAGUAUUCAUUACCAGUUCCACUCUACAUGUAGUUGAGCUGUUUCUGAGCUGUCAUGUUGAUCAGACUCUUGCAUUGCUUAACCACUAAUGCCUUAAUAAAAGCUCAUGUGAUUCAACCA